UUAUGCUAAAAAAAAUAUUUUUAUAUAACUAAAAAUCUUAGGAUCUAUAUAUAUACAGUUAUACUUGUCUAUGUAUGUUCCACAUCUCUAGCUUUCUCUUUUCUCACUCUAUCUUCAAUGGGUCUUCCGACAGAUUUUAAGGAGCUUCAGAUUCCAGGAUACGUACUUAAGACGCUUUACGUCAUCGGUUUCUUUAGAGACCUGGUCGAUGCUCUUUGUCCUUACAUCAGUUUACCUCGAUUUCUAGACCACGAGAUUCCUCGACCGGACCCGAUCAGACCCGAAACCUUCACGACGGUGAGUCUUGCUGACAAGAUUUCCCCGGUGGUUCGUUUCUCGGAUAUUCAGACCGAUCUUGAAGACUGCUGCACGGUGUGUCUCUCUGAUUUUGAGUCCGAUGAUAACAUUAGGCAACUUCCGAACUGUCGACAUGUGUUUCAUGAUCAUUGCUUGGAUCGUUGGAUUGUGGAUUGCCGCAAGAUGACUUGUCCGAUUUGUCGGGAUCGGUUCUUACCGGCCGAAAAAUAUGCACGGGCGGGUCCGGUUUGGUAUAGUGAUGAAUGGGAGAGUACCAUUACAUACUAACGGCGGGCUUUAAUUUUCUGUCGGCAGUAUUUGAUUUUGCUGUGUAAUUCCACUAAAACUCUGUAUCUCUAGUGUAGAUAUUGAUAUCCGAUCGAUAUUUUCAACAAAAAAAGGAAAAAAUGUAACACAAAAAAAAUUUGUACAUUGCUACAUUGAUUUGUAUCAAGAAUCUGGCCUAUU